AUGCAGAUAAUCUUCAAGAAAAUACCGUCUUCUGCAAUUGAGAAAGAGCCAGAUCGCUUCAAUACAACCUACCAUGAAUACGCUGAGCUGCCAGAAGCACUCAAAGCUCUUGAACCCGAACGGACCGCGUCCGAUCUCGAAACGAUCCUGCGCUCAAAGCUCUAUUCCAUCUUCGUCCCAAUCAUCCACAGCUUGCGCGCGAAUCCACCAGAGCACCAUGCCUACCCGCUCUCACAUGAAGACUGCCAGCUCCUCGCGCGCAUCGCCCACGUCUCGCUUAGCACACACGACCGGCGCGUCUCCGAGGUGCACGACGUCGACCUCGAGCUGCUUGCCCGGCGCAUCACCCGCGGCGUACCAGGAUGCUUUGACGGCCGACGCCAGUGGUUUGCGAGGAUGGACACCGGUUCACCAAAGAACGGACGCGGUGGUGUAGGACCGUUCACAAGCGCACGAGAGGUGCUCGAGAGCAUAUGCACGAGUCGCAGGGCGUAUGACUAUUUGAAGCAGUCGAGCAGUGUGCCUGGAGCGACGGAUGUGCUGCAUUUCUUACCAUGGAGGGAAGAUAUUAGCACGGCGAAUGAGUUUAGAAUGUUCGUACCGCCUUCUGGGCAAGUCCGUGCCAUCAGCGAAUACUCGACCUCGGGGAAGUGGGCGGACAUGCCAGAGGAGGAAUUGGGACUGGUCGUCCGCAAAAUGCUGGAAUGUCAUGAAGCCUUUAGAGAGAAGGCAAAGGAGGGAAAUUUACUGCCUGAGUCGGGGUAUACGAUCGAUCUUCACUGUUCCACGGAUGACAUGGGAGAAUGGGUGGUGGAGGCACUCGAGGUUAACAUGUUUGGUGCCCAAAAUGGCGCAGGCAGCUGUCUUUUUAAUUGGGUGGAAGAUGGGUCAUGGCAGAAGAUGUACGGUCUUGGUGAUGAUCUGGAAGUUCGCAUCCUUGAUUCCAACACAUGA